GGCGGUCCGUGUGGUUUGAGCUCAGGAUCUCAGGACGGGAACAUGUGAGCAGGGAAUGGGCGACUGGAAACAGGAUUAUUGUUCUACACAGCAGAGAGACGCAGGAGGGGCCCAAGACAGGAGAGACACGGAAACAUUGUGACAAAUCCGGGGAGACUUUUUUUUCUUUUAAAAUUUUUGCGAAUCAGAGAAGUCGGGGAAAUAUCUGGCCAAAGAUGAACACCAUUGUCUUUAACAAGCUGAGCAGCCAGGUCCUGUUUGAGGAGAAGGCGAAAGAGGUGGAAAUGAGCAGCAGAAAUUAUCUAGAAGUCAUCGACGGGCAACAUCCAGACCUCCUCUCCAGCAACCAGACCAUCAGAGACAACCAGGCCAUCAGACACAGGCGGAGCGGGGGUCGUCCCAGCGGCGGUAAAGUGCGACACAAGCGUCAGGCCCUGCAGGACAUGGCGAGGCCGCUCAAGCAGUGGCUCUACAAGCACAGAGACAACCCCUACCCCACCAAGACGGAGAAAAUCCUGCUGGCCCUCGGAUCGCAAAUGACCCUGGUCCAGGUCUCCAACUGGUUCGCGAAUGCCCGAAGGCGACUGAAGAACACGGUGAGGCAGCCAGACCUGAGCUGGGCGCUGAGGAUCAAACUCUACAACAAAUACGUGCAGGGCAACGCAGAGAGGCUGAGCGUCAGCAGCGAGGACAGCUGCUCAGACGACGGGGACAACCCUCAGAGGACACAGAGCGGCCCCGAGGAGCUCAACAAGCCCAUGUACCCGGGCGUGAUCAAGAAGGAGGGUUCCUCCAUGGUGGGCAUGGGCAUGGGCAUGGGGAUGGGCAUGGGUAUGGGCAUGGCCAUGGGUAUGGGUAUGGGUAUGGGUAUGGGCAUGGGCAUGGGCAUGGGAGCGGGCCUGCGCUCUGCCGCCUCACUGACCGAGGACUACGUGUCUCCACCCAAGUACAAGAGCAGCCUGCUGCACCGCUACUUGAACGACUCGCUGCGCCAUGUCAUGGUGGCCAACGCCGUCAUGGACGCUCGCAAGAGGAACCACUCCGGCUCCUUCAGCUCCAACGAGUACGACGACGAGCUGCUCUCGCCGUCUUCUUCUGAGGCCGAGGCGAACUUUGUUUAUCGGGCUGAAACCACAGACCAUGGAUCAAGUAAAUGUGACAUUGGCACCGGUGGCGUCAGACCUGCGCAAAAGGAGAGAGUGAAGGGCAAAGACGAGACGUACUGGAGGGAGAUCAACGCCGCCAUGGCCUUGACCAACUUGGCGCAGGGGAAGGACAGCGCCUCCGGGACCACCAGCUGCAUCAUCCAGAAGUCCUCCCAUAUAGCAGAGAUCAAGACUGUUAAAGUGCCGCUGAUGCAGAAAUAUUAGCCCUGACGUCAUCCUCCCAUCUCUCUAUGCAAACCAGCAAACAUUCCUGUUUCAGCAAACUCGCCGGAGUCCAAAUAAACUCCCAAAGAAGUGAAAAGAGAACUGUUGUUUAGAGAGGGGGAUGUUUGAGGUGAGGAAGUGUGGAACAAGAAGAGAACUCUUUCUUUUUUGGUUUGUUAUUGGUGUCUGAAAAAGUUCAAAAGGGGCCUUGACCAUCAUUUUUUUUUUUGCUGGGUUGACAGACAAAUGUUGAUGACUUUCACUGCAGUAUUUCCUAAAACAAGACACUUUUGUAAUGUUAACUUAUUUUUGAUGAGUUUUUUUAUGUCCUACUUUUUUUAUGCUACAAAAUUUGUAUUUUGCCGAAAGUGCCUUUGUUAUUUAGACAAAUAACUCGCCGACUGUGGUCAAUGCAAAGUACAGAUACUGAGGUUCCUCUUUGGAAUAUUUUACUAUGUUUAGUGUCACUAUUCAGGAUUGGUUUUGUGAAUGAAAACUACCCAUAACAGCCUGUGCCUUAAGGACUGAAUGAGCUCACCAUCUGAGGCACUGAUCAACUCAGAUACACACACACACACACACACACACACACACACACACACACACACACACACACACACACCCAGCAUACCCAGCAGUAAUCCCCUGAAGGUAUUGUGCUUAUUUUGACUGGAGUCUUCAUUUUGACUGUAAACCGGACACUGUUUUGUCUCAGUCAGCCUUUUGUUGCUGGCAGGCCAACAAUAACUGUUACGGACGUAGAUAAGUUGCCCUAACGUGAGCAGCAGAUCUACUGGCAGCCAACGUUCUCCACCAUGUCCAUAUGUCGGCCUUGGAUUUCAUUACCCAGCGAAGGAUUCCUUUCUUAUCGUGGCUUUUAGUUGCUGAAACGUGCACAAACGCUCAGCUGGACCCGAAUGAAGUCACGUUCACCCACACAGUGACUCAGAUGUACGUAGAUCUACAGGCUUUAAGGUUAAGUACAGUAUCUGUUCUGACAGAGGAAUGCCGUGACCUAAAAGGGAUGUUGUUGCUAUGCAUUAUCAGUGUUUUAUGUGGACAGUGUUGCCUUUUGUGCUCAGAACAAGAUUGACCGGAGUGAACAAGAAGAAAAAAGAAAAGCUUCCCCCCAGCCUUUUAAACCGCAGCCCUGUCAGCUGUUCAGCAUUACAUUCAAAUUGCUGUAUACAAAAAGCCAGAGGACAAACUUAAAGGUUUUAUUUUCUCCCCCUCGUAUUAUCUAUUUGUCAGCCAAGCAACUGUUCAAAGUAUUUGUUAUUGUCAGUCUGUAUAUGUGUGGUCGUUUUGUUUUUGAUCAAAACUUUGUACUUGGUUUCACUUAACCGUUCAGCAUUAAGAGCUUCUUUUGUCAUCCAAUGGAAAGAACCUCUUUUCUAGAAAGAACUUAUGUACGAUGCAUAUGUUAUAAACGUUUGUGGCGAACGAUGCCAAGUUCUCAAACUGGGGGAAAUGGAGUUGGACUUACGGGAGAAACUGAAGUUGGCUCUCUAUGCUGACUUUUUAAUUUUAUGUAUAUCUUUAAGGUACUGUUUAUGUGUGUCAAAAUGUACACUCCUCCAUAAAUUGUGCAGUUUUUUUGUUUUGUUUUUGACAACCCAUACUGUGCUUAUGGUCAAGGACUUUGAGAGGGAGUGAAGCUGCACAAAGUGACUUUUUGACCUUUUUUUAUGUCUUGAAUGUGCAAACGAAAAAUAUCUGCACUUACAGUUCUUGGUUUUCAACCAGAAAACACACAGCCUCCAUUGAGAGCUUAUGGUGUUUUUACAUAAAGGUGAAGAGAAGUUAAAGAAAUGAAGGACAACCCUAUAUUAUUCCUGUUAGCGUGCCUAUGGAGGUAUAAUGAAAUCAAUCGCACUAGCCAAUCCCCAGGCACUAUUUGCUUAUGCAGUGGGGGUUGCGGGCUCCCACAUGUGUUUUUUAUACACCUGAUCCAGGCAGGGUAGCUGUGGGGUAGUGCCGGGCCCGCUCCUUGUGUUUCUAAUCACACCUCUGAACCUCUGGACCACUCGCGACCCUCACACCUCACACGAUACCCGCUCCCUAGGAAGAGAGAGAGAGUGAGGGAAGGAGGCUUCAGAGUCAACAGAGCAGCCUUUGUUGUUACUACCUGCAGUCUCUCCCCAACAACCAGUUCUAACAAAGGGAUUUCUUACGGCCAACACUUUGGUACUGUACGCGCCUUUCUCCAGCACAAGCCCUGCUUUCACAACCAUGCCGACAAAUGGAAAGCAACGGUAUGUAUUAAAGCCUAUAAAUUAUUAUUGCGGACUUUGUAAAAAGAAAGUGGUGACCAUAGUUUGUUUUUUUAUUGUUAAGUUAUAUAAAUUGAGAUUUCUUUUUUUUGUUUGUUUUGAUAGAGACUGGAUUUUCAAUCCAAUGACCAAAUGCAUAUCACCUUGUAUUGUCCGAGUUGCUCUCAUGUAACAUUUCUUUUAUAAAAACAGUUGUUACUUGGUCAAAGCAAAUAAUGAAUGAAUAAACCUCUGA